UUCUUUUGAUGCAGACAUAAAAUAACAUCGGCCCCAUGCUUCUCCAUCAUUUGGUUGAUCCAGUGGUAGAGAAUAUAGCUUUAAAGUCUUUGGAAUUAUAUAUUUUAAUUCAAUGCUUUGCUUGCUUGCUGUCAAGGGAAACUAACAAGGAACGUUGAUGAAUACAAUGAUGAAGUUGUAAUGGAGGACAAGAAGGCAAACAUAAUAGCUGCAACAAUAAUCUUCGGCCUCAUCGUAUUUAUGGUCGUUGCUCGAGUAUCAUUGAGACUUUCCAAGGCAUUUUUCCUCAUUGUAGGGGCAGAUAUUGCAGUAAUCCUUGCAGUAUUUGUGUGUCUUGUGAUUCGAGGACGUUAUCAUCGCCGAAGGAAACUGUUGGAGAACAAGUUCGUAUCGGAAGGUCGAGAGCUUCGAAUCGAGUACAGUUUUCUUAGAAAAGUAGCUGGUGUUCCAAUAAAGUUUAAACACAAGGAUCUUGAAGAUGCAACAGAUAAUUUCAAGGCAUUGUUAGGCCAAGGUGCGUCAGCUUCGGUAUUCAAAGGCAUACUAACCGAUGGUACAUCGGUCGCGGUGAAACGAAUCAAUGGUGAAGAGCACGGUGAAAAGGAGUUUAGAGCUGAAGUUGCAGCUAUUGCAAGUGUACAACAUGUUAACCUUGUGAGACUUAUGGGGUAUUGUUGUGCUCCUUCGGGACCAAGGUACCUUGUUUAUGAAUUUAUCCCAAAUGGUUCAUUAGAUUAUUGGAUUUUCCCUAGAAAAGAAAGGGGAAGGGGAGGUUGCUUGUCUUGGGAUUUAAGGUAUAGAGUUGCUAUUGAUGUAGCUAAGGCACUUUCAUAUCUACACCAUGAUUGUAGGUCAAGGAUAUUACACCUUGAUGUUAAACCAGAAAAUAUAUUGCUUGAUGAGAAUUAUAGAGCAAUUGUGGCUGAUUUUGGUUUAUCAAAGUUAAUAGGAAAAGAUGAAAGUGGGGUUAUUACAACACUAAGAGGGACUAGAGGUUAUUUAGCACCAGAAUGGCUAUUACAACAUGGAGUUUCAGAGAAAUCUGAUAUUUACAGCUAUGGAAUGGUUCUUUUUGAAAUGAUCGGUGGUCAAAGAAAUGUUAGUUUGAUUGAAAAUGGGAUUGACAGAUCUCAAAGGAAAUGGAAUUUCUUUCCUAAAAUUCUGAGGAAAAAACUGAAAGAAGGGAAAUUAAUAGAAGCUAUUGAUCAAAGACUGGUUGAAGCAGGUGGCGGUGGUGGUGUUGAUGAAAGGCAAUUGAAAAGACUGGUGUAUGUAGCUUUGUGGUGUAUACAAGAGAAGGCAAAACUAAGGCCUAACAUGGCACAAGUGGUUGAGAUGCUUGAAGGACAUGUGGUUAUAGAUGAACCACCUGAUACACAAAUGAUUGUUGUUGAUUUGUUAUCCAUGGAUGACGAUGAUGAUGGUGGUGGUGGGGAUUGUGAUCAUCGUCAUUACAGGCCAAAAAUCACUGUGAUGGGAUCUGAUGUAGAUUGCAAUCCACCUACCUCAACUUCAUCUUCAUUUUCAAUGUCUGUGCUAUCAGGACGGUAGCUUCCCUCUUAGAUACUAUCAUUAGCUUGAUUCGGCUUGAGGGGGUUUUUUAUUAUUAUUUUGUUUUUUUAAUUGGCAAAUAUAAAUUUGACAAAAUAGAUUUUUGAAGAGAUCCCCGUGUUUGAUCUUCUUUCCUCAGCAAAAGGGUGUAUGUAAACAAUAUACUGCCUUUAUCCAGGAGCAGGAGGAUCAUAUUCAUUUUUAUCUUGUUUCUUUGUAUUGAAACAUGUCUCUGUAUACUGCAAUUAUUUAUCAUUUUGCUUCUAAGA